AUGUCUAAUGAAACCAAAGAUCUCUACAACUACCAAUACCCUCCAUCCUUCUCCUUAUAUGAACUGAUGACUCUCCCUACUUCAACUCCAUCUUAUGGAAACAAUGGUUACGUUCCACCUUCCUACUCCUUAGGCGAUUGCCUCCAAAGCUCUCCCGGAGCGUAUGACUCUCUACUUCAGAAAACUUUUGCCAUUUCUCCCUCUUCCUCAGAGGUUUUCAACUCUUACAUCGACCAAGAUUCAAAACGUGAAGUAUCUAAUGAUGUUAUCGGUGAGACUCCAACUAGGGUUUCAGCAUCUUCUUGCUCUAGCGAGGCUGAUCAUCUUGGGGAAGAUUCCGGUAAGAGCCAAAGGAAACGUGAGCUAGUUGGAGAUGGAGGUGAAACAAAUCAAAGCUCCAAAAAAGUAGGUAAAACGAAAAAGAACGAGGAGAAGAAACAAAGAGAGCCACGAGUCUCUUUUAUGACUAAAAGCGAAGUUGAUCAUCUUGAAGAUGGUUAUCGAUGGAGAAAAUACGGCCAAAAGGCCGUCAAAAACAGCAUUUAUCCAAGGAGUUACUAUAGAUGUACAACACAAAAGUGCAAUGUGAAGAAGCGAGUGGAGAGAUCGUUCCAAGAUCCAACGGUUGUGAUUACAACUUACGAGGGCCAACACAAUCAUCCGCUUCCGACUAAUCUCCGGGGAAGUUCCGCCACGGCUGCUAUGUACUCCGCUGACUUCAUGACUCCAAGAAGCUUCACACAUGAUAUGUUUCGGUCGUCGGCUUAUUCUAGCGGUGGUUCUGCGGCUGGAGCUUUGGGGUACGGAUAUGAACAGAGUGGUUAUGGUAGUGUGAAUGCAAACCCUAACACUCAUCAAGAGUACCACCAAGGAGGUGAAUAUGAGCUCUUGAAGGAGAUAUUCCCUUCCAUUUUCUUCAAACAAGAGCCUUGAUUAAUCAUGGUUAUAAACUAUAUAUAUAUAUAUAUAUACUUACAUAGUAGUAUAUACAUAUAUUAAUAGAGAGAGAGAGGAAUUCCAAUAUAUAUGCAACUUAAUAUCUAUUUUGUCUCUCUUAUUUGCAUGUACAUAUAUUUUCAUGAGAGAAUGAGACAGAAACUGAGCUUGGAUUAUAUUUAACGAUAUAUGUUUAAUGGGUUAACAUUAUAUGUAUAUUUCUCUUUGUUUGUUUGUUUUGCUGUAAUAUUCUAGUUUCUGUUUUUGGAUGAAUUUAUGACAUGAUGUUAUUGGGUUCAGGUUCUGUAAGGUGUACUAUCAUAUUUUGAAGCUAAAAGGUCAUAGUUC